GGCCGGUUCGCCCUCUGCCCCCAGGCUGCGUGGCUGCAGUUCCGAGGCUUCCCGGCGCCUGAGAGCAGGACGGUCUUAAGCGCCGGACUUGGGCGCAAAACGGGACUCUCGGGUCCGCCCUCAGGCCCUGGCUGCUGGGCGGGGCUGCACCUGCCGCCGCCGCCGGGAUCGUCGCCGCUGCGCACCUGGCUCAGGUGAGCUGCCCCGCCCCCGCGGUCGGCGCGAUCCCCAGGUCUUGGCAGCAGCAGCCUCUGACCCCUCCUGGUGUCCUGACUGACCGGCCACAGAGACAGAGAGCCCCGGGGGACCAGUCUGCUCAGCCAAGGAGCCCUGAGGAGCCGGGGGAGGUGGCACCAGUGCCCAGCCUGCCCCGAGAAGGCCCCGGCCAGACCAUGGCAGGUGUCUGUGACACGGCCCCCAACUUCCUCUCCCCGUCUGGAAACCAGGCCCUGGAGCCUGCCCUGGGCAGUGCGGUCUCCCUGAACUGCACGGCCUGGGUGGUCUCUGGGCCCCACUGUCCCCUGCCCUCAGUCCAGUGGCUGAAAGAUGGGCUGCCGCUGGGCAAUGGAAGCCACUGUGGCCUCCAUGAAGACUCCCGGAUCAAGGCCAACUCAUCAGAGGUGCUUGUGUCCAGUGUUCUGGGGUUCAACCUGACCAGUGCUGAGGACUAUGGGGUCUUCACCUGCUCCAUCCGGAAUGUCAGCUCCUCCUCCUUCACUCUUUGGAGAGCUGGCCCAGCUGGCCACCUGGCCGCAGUGCUGGCCUCACUCCUGGUCCUGCUGGCCCUGCUCCUGGCGGCCCUGCUCUAUGUGAAGUGUCGACUGAAUGUGCUGCUCUGGUACCAAGACGCCUACGGGGAGCUGGAGAUGAACGACGGGAAACUCUACGACGCCUACGUCUCCUACAGCGACAGCCCCGAGGACCGGAAGUUCGUGAACUUCAUCCUGAAGCCACAGCUAGAGCGGCGUCGGGGCUACAAGCUCUUCCUGGAUGACCGCGACCUCCUGCCACGCGCGGAGCCCUCGGCCGAUCUCCUGGUGAACCUGAGCCGCUGUCGACGUCUCAUCGUGGUGCUGUCGGAAGCAUUCCUGGGCCGGGCCUGGUGCAGCCACAGCUUCCGGGAGGGCUUGUGCCGGCUACUGGAGCUCACGCGCAGGCCCAUAUUCAUCACCUUCGAGGGCCAGAAGCGCGACCCCGUGCACCCCGCGCUCCGCCUGCUGCGCCAGCACCGCCACCUGGUGACCCUGCUGCUCUGGAAGCCCGGCUCCGUGGCGCCUUCUUCAGAGUUUUGGAGAGAGCUGCAGCUGGCACUGCCACGCAAGGUGCGGCACAGAGCCAUGGAGGGAGACCCCCAGACCCGGCUGCAGGGUGACAAGGACCCCAUGCUGACCGUGCAAGGCCACCUACCCGAGGGCCGCACCCUGCACCUGGAGCUGGACCCCGACCCUGAGGGGGACCUGGGUAUGCCCACCUGGUCCCACCCCGGCCCUGAGAAGCUCGGCCUGGGGCGGAGGGGGUGCACGGGGCUGAGGAGCCCAGAGAGGGGUCCAGGUGGCGGGGACUUCCUCCCUGCAGCCCAUAGGUGGGCUUGGCCCCCCCCCCGCACACCCUCACUGCCUCUUUCCCGGAGGCACGCGGACCCAAGGCCCGCCUGGGAACCUCCAGGACCUCAGAUGCCACUCUGCAGGAGGGUGUCCGAGGGCCUAUCUCUGGGGAGCCAUUAGCUCCACCCCACGCAAGCGGGGUCGCCCUUGGAGAGGGCCGGGGCAGCGAGGUGGAUGUCUCGGACCUCGGCUCCCGCAACUACAGUGCCCGCACGGACUUCUACUGCCUGGUGUCCGAGGAUGACGUGUAGCCCGCACCCGCCGGAGCGUCAGGAUCACCAAGGACAGCCGGGUGCAGGGUGGGGUGGGGUUUUUCUCCUCUCAGCAGGACUGACUACCAGCCAUGAGACCUUGAGGGAAGCGGGGGGACUCUAGUGUGCCUCCUUGUGCCAGAAAAUAAAGUCCUUUUAGAUCCUG